AUGCCUCCACCGGCCCAUAUUCAAGCGGCUACGCUCCAGAAAUUCCUCGCGGGAUGGAAGAACUUCACAGCCGAAGAGUGGAUGGCUACCUGGUCUGCAGACAGUAGGCAGCAUAUCCUACCUUUUAGCCUGGGCGUGCCGUCACGCUCGCGGACCGAGAUGCAGCAAAUCUUACCAAAGCUUAUUGGGGUUUUGAAGAACUAUGAACUGGAAAUUCACGAGCUAGUGCACGAUGCUUCCAUGGGAAAGGCUGCUGUCUAUAUCACCUCAAAGGCCGACACCCCCUUUGAAGGUGAUUUCAAGUGGACAAACGAAUACGCCGUCUUUCUCACAUUCACCGAGGAUGGACAGAAAAUACGCAAGAUAGAGGAGAUGGUAGAUACGGCCUUUUAUCAGGAGUUCUUUCCCAGAUUUCAGAAAUACUUGACUGAACAGGGGCAUUCUCAAUAG